UAUGACCUUAACAAGAACAUGAAGAGCUGCUUUAGUUUGCUCUCGCAGACCCUCUUGUUUGUAAUUGGUGUGUUUGGUGUUGAUCCAGAUAAAGUGAAGUCAGUGUCAGUGAUGGAGGGAGAUUCUGUCACUUUACACACUGAUGCAACUGAAAUACUGAGAGAGAAUUUGAUCAUGUGGACGUUUGGACUGGAUGGUAUUGCAAUAGGUAAAAUCAACCGUGAGGCAAGAAAAAGCUACACAUAUGAUGGUUCUGAUGAGGAAUUCAGUGGCAGACUGCUACUGGAUUUCCAGACUGGAGAUCUCACAAUCGAAAACAUUAGAACAGAACACGCUGGACUUUAUAAACUAACCAACUCCAGCACACAGACCCCAUUGAAGAUCUUCAAACUUCACGCUCGUCUGCCAGUUCCUGUGAUCAUCAGAGACUCUUCACUGAAUUCUUCAUCAUCUGAAAGUUCAUCUAAAUGUGUGUUGGUGUGUUCAGUGGAGAAUGUGACACAGGUGACUCUCUCCUGGUACAAAGGAAACAGUUUAUUGUCCUCCAUCAGUGUGUCUGAUCUCAACAGCAGUCUCUCUCUACAUCUGGAGUGUGUCGAUGAUUCUUACAGCUGUGUGGUGAACAAUUCAAUCAGCAAACAGACUAAACAUCUCAACAAUACUGAAGUCUGUCGGCCAUGUUCAGAGCACGUUCUCAGAGCCAGUUACCAUUGUUGCAGUUUCAAUGAAGCUGUGAUCCGAUUGGUCCUCUCUGGCCUGGUGGGCGUGGCUACCAUUGCUCUAGUGUUUUAUGACAUCAGAUCCAGAGGAGCUGAACAGAAGACAAAGACACAGCCUUAACUAUUGGCUUCUUAACAUGCACAGAAGACACAAAUGUUAAAAUCUCUUUAGAAACACAGAAAGCAUGUCAUGAGUCAUGUUGUUUCUGCUGAAAACAAAACGCUGUUAAAGAGCUCUGGCAGUAAAUUCAGUUUAAAAUCACAGCCCUAAUUGGCAAACAAAACUGAAUAAAUGUCUAAAUGUUAUUUGACUCUGUUCUUCUCCUUAAGCUCUAUUCAGACUGGAGUUUUCCUCGAUGUUUUAGAAGAAUUGGGUUUCACAGAAGAACGUUGUGAUUUUUGUGCUCUGUGAAUCGGGACAUCUGUUUUUCUCACACAACCUCUGCAAAAAUGAUGAAGCAAAUUGACCAACUAUUUCACAAAUGAUUAAGGAAAUGAUCUGAUACUGAGGUCAAUGACAGCGGCACUUUGUCACAUUCGGCAGCCGCUGCUUUGCUUCCACGUUACAAAAUAAAGUGGAUACUUUGGCCUUAAAAUGUAAUGUCCUGCUCACUCAAGAGUGACUUUACAGCGCCGUCUUUGUGCUGCUGCUUUACAUCACUCUGCUACAUGUUGUUGUAUCUUCAUUUAUUAAAAUAUUCAGUGAUUUCGACAAUGAUUAACUGAAUAAAUAAUAUAGAAAAUCUGCCUAUUAACCACCUGUGCAUCCUCGCUCAAGGCUCCUCUAGAAGCUUCCUCAGUCCUCGUCUCAUUUUUUACAUGUUAAUUUUCAUGAAUAUGUUAAAUUGUAUAAAUAUAUGUAAAAUAACAUUAUUUAUUAUCAACAUAAAAUGUCAUUAUUUUAUUGGAAAAUUGUGUUGAAAAUGUCUCAAAAAUGAA